AUGACCCUGGAGGAGAAAUUGAGAGAGCUGGAAGAGAAGUUGUUCAGAUGUCUCUCCCUAUCCAGAUGCCAAGAGCAGCAGGGUCGACUGAAGGUAGAACUGAAGCAAAGACAACAGGAGACUGAGAAGAGAGAAGACCAAUACCAACAGGAGCUCCAUGAGCAGCAUGAGCUGGUCCGAGCCAUGAAGAGACGUAUGGUAGAGCUGAUUCAGGAGAAGGACAGCCUAUGGCAGAAGACAGAGCAUCUCUCUUCCCUGGCCCCUGGGCUCUGUGUAGUCUGCAGCAAGGUUUUUGGUCGCCUGUCUAGGAGAUAUAAAUGCAGCACAUUCAGCUUUUGGAUCUUGACUCACUUCAGAGGUGGCAGCAGCAACAGGCAGAGACCUAACCGGGUGUCUAGAAUGACAGGCGUGAUCCAUAUAAGCUCAGAGGAGCUAUCUGACUGGGCUGAUGAUAAUUACAGUUUUUCUGGAUACAGUACAGACCUGCCAUCUUUGUCUGGGGAUGCAGCCCCCUGCCGCCUAGAGAACUCAGGCCUCAACAGAUAUUUUGUCAUUGUAAUAUACAUCCUCGUGUUCUUGCUGAGUUUGCUGGGAAAUUCACUGGUGAUGCUGGUCGUCCUCUACAACCGGCUCAGCCGUUCAGUCACAGAUAUCUACCUGCUCAACCUGGCCAUAGCCGACCUGCUCUUUGCCCUUUCACUACCUCUUUGGGCUGCCUCCAAGGUGAAAGGCUGGAUCUAUGGCACAUCUCUUUGCAAGUUUGUCUCUCUUCUCAAGGAGGUCAACUUCUACAGUGGCAUACUGCUGCUGGCCUGCAUCAGCGUAGACCGCUACCUAGCCAUUGUCCAUGCCACUCGUGCUUUGACUCAAAAGCGCCACUGGGUAAAGUUCGUCUGCAUGGGCAUCUGGGGCCUGUCUUUGCUCCUGUCCAUGCCCAUUAUUUUCUCCCGUGAGGCAAUCAAGACAGAGUAUUAUGGCUUUGUCUGUUAUGAGAACUUUGGCAACAGUACUGAAAAAGGGCGGCUGAUACUGAGGAUCCUGACCCAGUUCUUUGGCUUUGUCUUGCCCCUACUGGUCAUGCUCUUCUGCUAUGGCUUCACCCUGCGCACCCUCUUUGAGGCGCACAUGGGGCAGAAACAUCGGGCGAUGCGGGUCAUCUUUGCUGUAGUCCUUGUCUUCUUACUCUGCUGGCUGCCUUACAAUCUGGUCCUGAUCACUGAUACCCUCCUGAGGACCGGGUUAAUUGAGGACAAUUGUCCACGAAGGCAUGUGAUUGAAAAUGCCAUAAAUACCACUGAGGUACUGGGCUUCCUCCAUAGCUGCCUCAACCCCAUUAUCUACGCCUUCAUUGGACAUAAAUUUCGGUACAGCUUUCUCAAAAUCCUGGCCGCCCAUGGUAUGGUCAGCAAAGAGUUCUUAGCCCAGCACAGCAAGCCCUCAGUCCAUGGUUCCUCUUCUGGAAAUACCUCUACCACCCUUUGAAGAUCCCUCUGGUCCAGCUCUUCUGGGUCUCUCCCUGCCCUUUGCCUCUCCUAUCUCCAAAAUUUCACUCUUGGAUGAGUUAGCUUCUCCUUUUUCACGGAUGCCUCCACCAUGUGGUAUGGGGGGAACAUGAGAGUCCUAUUAAGGGAUACCACCCCAAGUGGAUGAUAUAGGAAUUAUAUAUCUACCCCUAUAAUUACCUUGAACUCUUGGGUUACAGUCACCAUAUCAACAGGACAGCUGGUAUUAUUCAACCCCGUCAGCCCACAGCAUGAUUUCCCGAGACUUUAAAACCUAGAUCCUAUUUAGGGUAACUCUUAGGGGAUUCCACAGCAGAGAAGGGCAAUGGGCAGAUUUCAUAUAAAUGGUCUGUUUUCACGUAAUCUCCUUGUCUAUCAUUGGAGGAAACUAGAUGGCUCAGUGGAUAGAGCACUGGGCCUGGAGUCAAGAAGACCUUAGUUUAA